CACGAUUAUGGCAACUUUUGAGCGCGCCGCUAGAACAGAACUUGCUUCACUGUUCAGAUAGCUCGAUUCGCAGUUUCGGAUUCUUCCGCCUAGACCAGUGCAUCCGUUUCCGCCGGAAACAACGUUUCGCCCCGGUCGAUCGGAUUUCGGUGUGAUGUUUCGGACUCUCGGUGUUCAGUGCUAAUUCUUUUCGACUCACCCCUAAGAAAACCUCGUGAAAAUGCUGUGUCUGUGUGUCAGAUAUACGGCAACGGCAGCACUAUGGUUUAUGAUAAUCGUGAUUGGUAUAAAAAGCAGUGAGGCUAAAUUAAAGACCACGGAAGAGUUACCAAAGCCAUUGAAAGUCGUCACGAACCUGCAAAAAGCUCUCUACGCCCAAGAUUUCGGCUACUCAGUCAUUCCAAUCCCGAACAAAAUCCUAAACCAAGUCAAGCCCGCCGUCACAACACCAAAAUCAGACAAUGCCCGCGUCGGACGAGGAAUGGGUCGAGGGUUCAUGGGCCGCCGUCCAGGCCGAAGCCGAAGGAAGCGACCCUACAGGCCCCGCUCCAACUUCGGGCUCCAGGGCUAUGCGUCCGCCUACAAACAGUGGAUGCCCGUCCCCAUGCGCAGACCCAUGGGCAUGAUGGGCCGCCGCCCGAUGCGCUUCAAGAACCCCAAAAUCCGCAUGCCGUACUACCACAUGAACCUAGUGGAGCCGCUAGAAGACUACAUGGAACCGGAGGUCAUGCCCGAGUACGAAGACGAGUACGAAGUCAUGAUGCACGAACCGGAGGCAGUCUACGACCCUGAGGAGAUGUACGACGACAUGCCUCGGUCUCCGAGCCGGAAUGUGUACAGUUACCAGAGGGACGAGGACUUCAUGCACAAGCAUGCAGACCUCUACGCGAACGGAUUCAACCCUGGGCACAAGAGUAGAAGUACUCGCUACAGGACGCCAUUGAGCGUCAUGUACAGCUCGAAGUACCGCUCUACGGCUCAAAGGGACAGGGAGGAGGAGGAACCACCUAGGAGGGAUCCCGACAUCGAGGCCACCAAUUUCGAGUCCGACGCCCCUUUGACUCCGAUGGCCCUGAGAGGUUCCCCCGACCUUUACAAGCGCUCCAAGAAAGAAGACCCCGAGCAUAGAUACCUCCAAGACGACUACAGGACCUACAAGGACGUCCUGAGCGACGAACCCAGUCUUCGGAUGAACGACGCGGAGGUUAUAAUGGGCCGCUCGAAGCACGAGGUGCCCAGCUGGACAGGGAGUGUCAAGUUCGUGCCGCGGCCCUUCGCAGCCGCCAUCGGGGCGCCCUCGAGGACGGUCGUGCCAAGGGAGAAACACAGCCGGUUCACGGAGAGUCAUGAGGAGAAAGGCCGCGAACUCCACGACAAGGAUUACCUCUACGACAUCCGGACGGAUGACUCACCGUUGAGUCAUCGAUUGCUCGGUAGAGAGCGUGAGCGAGACCGCGAGAGGGUGAGGGUGUACCGAUCCAGCCCCGAUCGCUUGGCCUACCGUAAGCCGACGGAAGACGCGAGGUCCGAGUUGAGGUCCUCGAACAUGGAGGAUGCGAGGGUGCAGGAGAUGCAGGGUAGGAGGUACAGGGACCCGGAGUAUAAGAAGUACGUGGAUGCUAUUUAUACGAGGGAGCUCCAGGAGUUGUACUCGCGGGGACACAAAGGGCGCGAGUAUGAGAGUGAGGAGAGGAAGACGGAGAGUGAUAGCCAGACGUACUUGGCGAACCAUAAAAAAUCCGACCAAGCGACGGCAGCGCAGGGCAUGGAGAUAGUCAUUGAUGAUGGCGUCGCCGGUUGGAAGGUGGGAGGUCGAUGAGACAUGAUCAAAAUUUUGUAAUUUAUAAUUUUUUAAAAAAAAAAAUGUCUCCAAAAGUUUUUAAAGAGAAACCCGUUAUGAUUUUCCGCUGACAAAUGUUAUGGGAUUUGACUGAAUUUUUAAACAAAAUUAUUUAUUUUUAUAUAGCUGAGUUGACCAUGCACAAAACUUCUUUAAAGAUGCCGAUUCAGCGGAAGUGGACAGACUUAUGGUCAGCCGACUGCAUUUCACGUCGUCUAAUUCCCUCUUUUGUUUUAUUUCUUUAACAGGAAACUGAGCAAUAUAUUGCCUUGAAUUUUAUCCUGAAUUUAUUUUAGAUCAUACUGAUCUUUUUCACGUUUCAAGUCAGAAUUUUUUAUAGUCUUUUGAUGGAAAAAAUUGAAGCAUGAGGAAACAGCACGUAAUAUUUGAUGUAAUUAAGCUGUUCUUGUUAAAUUCGUCCAAUUUACUCUUCGCUCAAACGCAUAAUUGGACGCAUUUAUCCAGAAUGAGCCUAAAUGCCUUUCCUGUUGCGUAAUUUUCUCUCCUAGUCUAUUUUCUCACACAAAUAUUUUACAGCGUAACAUUACCGAGAAAUUACUCGUGGAUUUACCCAUUCGUGUUAAAAAUACACCAACAAUAUGUCAAGACAUAGUGUUGAUUGAUUUUAAAAACUGAGACAUGAGAGGGAAUUAGGUUAUGGACGUUCCAUAUAGUUACACUGAUUUCGAAUACCGUCCAAUUGAGUUCUUAGAUGAUGAGUGUAAUAUUCGGAUUGUGACGUGCUUUAUGGUGUUAAAGUGUUUUCUCCAUAGCUCUGCUUUCUAGACAAAAAAAAAUUGGAACGUUCACAGCUAGAUAGGUCGGUUAUAUUGUCGGGAGAAAAUAAAAUCCUAAAGUAAGCUCAAAUUGUUUUAAGUAUCCUCGCUGUAGCUUUAAGUAGACUUAUUUUAUGAGUAUGUAUUUAAAUACAAAACACUGAGGAAAUAUUUAUGCGGAGCGAAUAAAAUGUGUGCUGUAGCUUUUGUUGGUUACGCUGAUUCAAUCCGAGUGCUCUUUAUCCGUGCACAGUUAAUACGCAACAAUUCGCGUGUUGACACAAAACGUUAUUGAUACUUUAUUCGUUGUGCAGAAAAUUUUUCCUUGGUGGAGAGCAUGAAUGUACAAAUUUUAUUUUAAGGUGAAAAACCAUCGACGAAAAUUAAGUUAAACUCAGCUAUUUCCACACAAACUUAAUAUAUUAUUGAAUCCGAGAUAACUUUUUUUUUUUAUCUUUUUUUCACUUACUUCCGUAGAUCAUAAGCUGAAACACUCCUUUUUUAAUGAAAGUUAUUUAAACAAAUUCUGCACUGAAAAUUUUUAACACUCGUAUCGAAAAUUUUUAGGAAUCAGAAUCUCGAGAUAAUUUCAGCUCAUCAUAUUCUAAUAAAAAACUUUGUUAUUGAAACAAAGUAAAAAAGUACGCCAAGAACACACUAACAUAUCUUGUAGGUAAUGAGAAUUAUAGAAUGUAUUCCUUGUAAAUUAUUGUCAUCUGGUUACGCAUUUAGGUAUAGAAUUUUAGUCAUAAUUUAUGAUUUAUAAACGUAAAAAAUAAGUAGCUGUUGGUGCUUGAUCGUUAAGGAAAUCGGUUUUAGUUAUUAGCUGUAAAAACCGCUUUCUCCGUAGAACAUUUUUUUGUAGCUAUGUUCCACUUACCUGUAUAGAAAUAAACUAUCAUGGGAAGAUUUAUAAUCAUUGGGUGUGCCAGAAUGGAAAAUAGGCACAAUGCGCUAUCUAAAAACUAUAGUUCUGCAAAGAUAUUCUUGAAAAUAAUCAUCGAUGCGUUAAGGUUUUUAUAAAGUUCAUUAUUGAAGUAGUAUUCUUCAAAUCAUCCCCAAUAAGACGGAAAUAUGUGUAAGCCGUGUUUUCAGAGCUAUUUAAUUCUGACUUUAAAAUGGAUGCAUGUUUCUAAGUAAUUAAAAAAAAAAUAUUUAUAAAUAUUAUUCCAGAUGUAUUUGUAUGUUCGAGUGAGUGCUAAAAUGAAAAUAUGGAAAAUUCCUUGCAAGCCAAUGUUCUCGAGAAGUUCAGGCCGCAAUUUUACAUCCUUGUCUGAAACUUGUUUGUGAAUGGCAACUUCAAGAAAAAAAAUCUUCCAGUGAAAACUGAUAAGCUUAUUGCGGUUAUAUUCAAAAUUCUUGGUCCAGUCCGUCGUACUUUGAUGAAAAUGAUAACAACUUGGUACAUCAUAAUGAACUUUUGGCAGUUUUGUCACAUUUCGGCCAACAGGAUUGAGACUCUAAGUUUCUCUGUUUAGUGGAGUCCGCUGGGACUAUUGCCAGUGCCUAGUGACAAUGCAUCAAACUCAAUAACUUUUUAAAACAUAAUACAUUUUUAAAAUGUGAUACAUGUUUAAAGAAGACAUUACAUUCACAUGCAUCCAUUUAAAGGUCUAUUCUUAACCAAAGAUAUUUACAUGUGCUUCACUUGCUUUCAUUAGCAUUUUUGUCUUAUCCAUACUAGAUAUGAAGGAAUUAGAGUUUUUAGAUUCGUCUUCGUAGAUUAAGUAAAAUUAGAGUAGUUUUCCAUGAAAUGGAUUUACCAGCAUCUAUUAAGUUAAUUUUUCCAACAAUUUUGUAAAAAGUAUCUGUUAGCAAAGGUCGUAGUUGAGAAGAGCUUCCUGCAUGAAGAUACUUUAACACUACCUACAACCAGACGAAUACUGUAAAAUCAAAAUAGAAAAAGUUGUGAAACACAAAUGCUUUUAAAAAAGAGAAUUUUCGAAAAAAUCAAAUGUUAUUUUGCUCUCUCGUCUUUUCAGGUGAUUGAUUUCAUUUUUGAUGAACCUAAAAUAAUUUGUCAAAGAGAAGCGUAGCAAUAUCUGGCCGUAAGCAAGUUCAACUAACGCCGCCGCGCCGCAUUGAGGAGAUGAUACCACCCGCAUUGCACAGUUCAGCAGUCCUUUAAGUUAUUUGAUCCUCCUUGGGAACAGGCACCAUUUUUACACUCAUCUUUACCGAUUCAGAUGAACUGAUCAGAUGAAAAAAAUAAGUUUCACUAACAUGUUUCUCCCGAAAUUUUACGUAUGAUAAAAUACUUAAAUUGUAAAUCCCUGACGCAUGGGAGAGCUCCAUUCCACAAUCAGGCUAUGUGUAUAGUGCCGUGUAUAUUACACAGUAGUGGCUCUGGCUUAAGUUACAUCACGCAUAGUACGUGGAGGAACGUAUGUUCGUUUAAUUUACAUUUAAAAGUCACGCAUCUUGUCUGCGACACUUUCACGUCUUCACCUACCGCGCCGCGCAUGUGAGUGACACUUGAUUUUCAUGGGAAAAUCGUUUCGAUUUGAAUUCAAUUGUCUCCGCACUAGACGCUCAGCGCAGGCAGGCGUCUCACGGAUAGUAUCCUCUGGUUAUGCAACUUGCAAUUAAUUUUAUACAUUCACUCUAAGCGGGCUUAGUUUCAGAGCAAGCCCUCGUACAAAAUGGCGCGUUGAUGAAGUUUUAAAGCAUUUAAUCGAGGGGCGCGUGGAUUGAAAAUCAGAAUUGCUACGUGUUGCUAGGCCAUUGUUGCAGAAUAUUGUGUGGAAUUUCACCACUUGUUGCACCGAACCUCCCUUUAAUAACAAGCGAGUUGGAGCAUAAAUUAAUUUCGACGUGAGUCAGUAAAGAGAAAUCAAAAUUAUGCUUGUGAGUCUCAAAUUGAUAAACGAAGUUCCUCAGCUAGUGCAGGAGUUAUUAGAUGAAAAAGUGGUGAUUUCUAGAAUGUCUACAUUUCAUAAUCAAAUACGGUAAAAUAAUCAAAGACUCUACAGUAUUCACAUUUGAUUUUUUGGGAGUACAUUGCUGUAAUAAUUUUUUGGCUGAUUUGAUUCAAUCAAACAGCACAUCGUCAUCAUUCAUACUGCAAUGGGUAACACAGACGCAUACGUAGAAAGGAAGUCAAUGUACAUCAGGAAUAUCUAACAGUUGUUUUCUUCUGGAACAAUAAGUCGUACUUCAUAGCUAGGAAGUUUAUCCCCUUUUGGCAAACACAAACGGAGUAAUCCAGCUUAAUCAACCAAGGAGCUUAAAAUCUCCAAGUGAAAAUUCCUCGUUUUCAAAUAGAUGUUAAACAUCAUUGAAGGACGAACAUCUAUAUAGCACUAUAGCGUCAUAGGUAAAAAGUAUACGUCAUAUUUUUUAAUUUUACUUAAAUUAUGUUUUGUUGAAUAAGAGCUUGACUGUUAUGCUAUGUGAAAACUUAUUAUUGUUGUUUUGUUACUUUUUCCUGAGGUAAUUUUAAUAUUUAUUCAAAACAUUUCUGUUAUAUUUGUAAUCAUUAAUUAGAAACAAACACAAAAAGAAAACCAUACAUUUUCCAAAA